UCAGAAUUCAUAACCGGGAGGAGGAAGCAAAUGCAAAACUUGUCGCCUGAAACUGCCAUUUCCUCGCUCUCAAAAUGGCGACGGCGACGGCGACGGCAACGGAAGGCGGAGGACGGACGUUGUCAGAGGUGUAUCAGAGCUCGAAGAGACUACUGCUCAGGACCAGGGACGCCCUCGAAAGGCUCGAGCGCCUCGAAUUCUCUUCGUCUUCAGGCGCCGGCGUGGACUCGCCCGAGCUCUCCUUUGCCGUCAAGCGUGACAUCACUCAGAUCCAGUCCCUCUGCGCCGAGAUGGAUCGACUCUGGCGCUCCGUCCCUGCCAAAUCCCAGCGUGAUCUCUGGAAAAGGAAAGUUGAACAAGUAACUGAAGAGACCGACUCCUUGAGAGAGAGCCUGGACAAGUACUUCUUACGACAUCAGAGACGGACACAAGAAGCCAACGAGAGGGCAGAACUGCUGGGAAGAGCUAAUGGGGAAUCGUCUUUGGUAUUGAAAAUCUUCGACGACGAAGCACAAGCAAUGCAGUCUGCUCGUAACUCGUCCAAAAUGCUGGAAGAAUCUUAUGCGACUGGAGUCGCCAUUCUUGCCCAGUAUGGCGGCCAGAGGGAACGAUUGAAGAGAGCGCAACGGAAGGCACUGGAUGUGCUUAACACGGUGGGGCUAUCGAACUCGGUGCUAAGGCUGAUAGAGAAGCGGCAUCGUGUUGAUAAAUGGAUAAAAUACGCGGGCAUGGUUUUGACAGUCGUCGUGCUCAUCGCCUUCUGGAGGUGGACACGGUGAUUCUCACUCUCUUUCUGUAACGUGUACUGUUUUAAACAAAAAAGGCAAAUUAGGAACGACGAUGAGUUUGUAUUAUCCUCAUAAUUAGAAUCACAAAAAGGGGAAAAGAAAAAUCGAUCCAUCUCACUCCCUGCAAUUCAAUGGGCGCCUCUUGGAGGAACUACUUUACAUGCUCUAGGUCUUUGGGCCACCUGCAGGGCUAGAUCCAAUUGCUGAGGCUUAGGUGUGUGUUUUUCAACAUGAAGAUAUUUGUGAGAGUCUAUUUCAACCCUUUUCCUGUU